GACCGGCCUACCGCAUCGUGUACUUACCUAUCAAACCCUUUGACGUGGAAAAUGGCGCUAGCCCGGGUCGCAGUCCGCUGGAUGGCGCAGCAUCGCCGUCAGCCGGGCUGGUGCUGCAGAACUUGCCACAGCGCAGAGAGUCCUUCCUCUAUCGCUCUGAUUCCGACUUCGAGAUGUCACCCAAGUCCAUGUCUAGGAACUCAUCCAUCGCCAGCGAAAGAUUCAAGGAGACAGAGACAGUGUUGGAGCGCUCCCAUGGCGAGGAUCUCAUCGUCACACCGUUCGCACAGAUUCUGGCCAGCCUGCGCUCGGUCAGGAACAACUUCCUGUGCCUCACUAAUGUUCCAACUGCUAAAUCCCGGAGGUCAUCUGGAGCCCCCGGCAAUUCUACACCACAGCCACGCAAUUUGGCUCCUGGAGAUGACGCUUACAUGAAACUGGCUAUCGAGACAAUGGAAGAACUGGACUGGUGCUUGGAUCAACUUGAAACAAUUCAGACUCAUCGCUCCGUAUCUGACAUGGCUUCACUGAAGUUCAAACGCAUGCUGAAUAAAGAACUAAGCCAUUUCUCAGAGUCCAGCAAAUCAGGGAACCAGAUCUCAGAGUACAUCUGCUCAACUUUUCUUGACAAGCAGCAGGAGUUGGACUUGCCAUCUCUGCGGGUGGAAGAUUCUGAGCAGCGCACUGCCAAGAAGAAGGAGCGCCCGCGCCCUGGCGCGGGCGCCACCAUGUCACAGAUCUCUGGGGUGAAGCGUCCCCUAUGCCACACCAACUCCUUCACUGGUGAGAAGCUGCCCAAGCAUGGCGUUGAGACGCCCUACGAGGAAGAGCUCGGCACGCUGCUUGUAGAAAUUGACACAUGGGGCAUUGAUAUAUUCAAAAUAGGAGAGCUAUCCAAUGGCAGACCUCUGACUUGCAUUGCCUACACAGCUUUCCAGAAUCGUGAUCUGCUGAAGACCUUCAUGAUCCCUCCAAAGACAUUUAUUACAUUCAUGAUGACGCUGGAGGACCAUUAUGUCAAAGAUAAUCCAUUUCACAACAGUCUGCAUGCAGCAGAUGUUACACAAUCUACUAAUGUUCUUCUCAAUUCUCCUGCACUUGAGUCAGUUUUUACACCACUGGAAAUCAUGGCUGCAUUGUUUGCAGCCACAAUACAUGAUGUUGAUCACCCUGGACUCACCAACCAAUUCCUUAUAAAUUCAAGUUCUGAACUUGCUUUGAUGUACAAUGAUGAAUCUGUAUUGGAAAAUCACCACUUGGCUGUAGCUUUCAAACUCCUCCAAAAUGAAGGAUGCGAUAUUUUUGUUAAUAUGAGCAAAAAGCAACGCCAAACAUUAAGAAAAAUGGCUAUUGACAUGGUACUAUCAACAGAUAUGUCGAAACAUAUGUCUCUCCUUGCUGAUCUUAAAACAAUGGUGGAGACAAAGAAAGUGGCUGGCUCUGGAGUUUUACUGCUAGACAACUACACUGAUCGUAUUCAGGUACUAGAGAACUUGGUUCACUGUGCUGAUCUGAGCAAUCCUACAAAGCCUCUUCCAUUAUAUCGACGAUGGGUUGAUCUUCUCAUGGAGGAAUUCUUUCAGCAAGGGGACAGAGAGCGUGAACAGAACCUAGACAUCAGCCCAAUGUGUGACAGACACAGUGCCACAAUUGAGAAGUCUCAGGUUGGCUUCAUUGACUACAUCGUGCACCCCUUGUGGGAAACUUGGGCUGAUUUGGUACACCCAGAUGCACAAGACAUCUUAGAUACACUAGAGGAAAACCGAGAUUGGUACCAAAGUAUGAUACCACCGAGUCCACCUCCAGCAGAAGGAGGAAAAACAGAAGGAGAGCAGGAAGGAGAGGAAGAUACAGAAGACAGUGGCAGUGAACAGAGUGGGGCGGCUGCACCCAGGCAUUCUGGACAACCAGACAGAAUUCGCUUUCAGGUGACCCUAGAGGAAGGAGAAGGUGAAGGUGAAGGAGACGAAGCAGCAGCAGCAGGAAUGUGACGGAGGUUCCUGGGACUCUGCAAGAAGCUGCACGAGAAGGUGCAGCAGUGGUGGCGGGUCAGACAGUGAACACUGUCACAGUACGCCACACGAUCUGUCUGCUCUUGUAUCUUUCGUAUUCUUCAUUUCUUACUCUGGUCUUUUAUUUUGUAUUACUCGAGAAAUGUAAGCAUCUGAAAAUGUUUUGAGCCUUCUGGAGGCUGAUAUGAAGAGAAGCUACCAGCAAAUAAGAAAAUGUUGUAAUGAAUGUACAAGGUUACCAUCUGAAUUUUGUCAAUGUGUAUGGCAUGUGUAGAGCAAAGUACUAGCUAAUUUGAGGAUAGCUGUUUCUCUAGCAUUGUUAUCCCACUGUACAAUAGCAGCUGUGCUUAUGCAGAAACAUGUAUUGUUGGAGAGGAGUGAGAAGACUGCUUUAUAAGCAGGAAACUAAGAAUUGGUAAAGCGGUGAAUUCAAAAUUCUGGUACCAAAAGUAGGAGAAUAGUCAUAUACUGUAUCUUUGUUUCCUUGUAUUUUAAAAUACUGUUGCAAAUAUAGAGAGAUAUUAUAAUUUAUUAAGUGUGUAAGCCAGUAAAGAAUAAAACUUAUUGUAAGUGAAGUAAAAUAACCACAAAUGCAGUGGAGUAGGCAGCUAGACUGCAGAUAAUUUCAACAAAUAAGUAUUUGCCAACCAUUGGGUUCUGUCCUGAUCUCUGAUUAUUCAGUACAGUUUAAGUGUGAUUCUCAAUGCAGUCAACAAAACAUAUCUCUUUUUUAAUCUUGCCAUUUAUGUCAGGGACUACCUGAAACCUACUGCUUACUUGGCCCUGUGAUGGAAAUGGAAAUAGUGUGUUUUCAACAUUUUCUGCAAAUGUUGGGGAUGAGGGGGUGAAUGUGAGAGUGAGAAAGGGUAAACAAAAAAGAAGAGGGAGAGGAGAAGAAGAUACAAAACAUAAAUUACAUAGUAUUUGUUUUGUAGCUGCUGUGAUAAAUUGUAUUUGACAUUGUUGUCACAGCAACUGUCUUUUCUGUUGUGAAUGUGACACUUCAUAAAUGAAACUAAUUUUUAUAUCUGUUUAUCUUUUGUGUUGUUUUAUAAUGUUUUCUCAUAUCACUUGAGAAGUAAAAUUAAGAUUUAUUUCAAACUGUCCACAUGCUAAGACUUUACUACAAUAAGGAAGACAGUCCAGCUGGCAUUGUUGUCACUGUGUGAAAGACAAAGAAGGCUCUGGCAGGUUCAGUGCUUCUUUCAGUAUGGUUAGAGUACAACUGUUUGUUUCACAAAUAUGCUGAAAUCUAAUAAAUGAGAAUACUUAUUUGUUGAAAGUGUAUGUGUUAACAGUACACACAAAACAACUGUAUCAUUUUCAGAGGUCUGAUAAUUUUUUUCAGUCACCACAUUAAAUACAAAAAGUGAAUAAGAACUUCAGCUAACUCAUCAGUAUUGUAUUGUCAUUUCUCUCAGCUUUUGUCAUCUCUCACUUGUUGUCCUACCUGUACACUUUUUGCGAAAAAUUGGAAUACAGCCCUUUGUCCCUCAUACUUCUUAAUUUCAACUAAAAGGUGUUAUUUGGCAUAUUUCGCUAUUGAAGGGAUAUGUGAUAUGCAUACUACAUAAAAUUUCCAACAAACUUUCAGCUAUAGGAUUAAAAAUUAUUUAUCAUUAUUCUACUGCUAUGCUUUUUUAGCCAGAUUUGUGCAAACAACAGCAGACUAAAGCAUACUAGGUUGAACAUUAUCAUAAUAUAUAGUUUGCUCUUAUCUGAUGAUUCUGUUGUCAUUAUUUUCCUUGUGAGAGACUCCUUACCCCUACUCAGUUUCCAAUGCCUGUUUCCUUUAACUACUUCACAUAUACUUCACCAUUUCCUUAAUAUACCUUGGUGCCAGUAAGACAAAUUUUCCGCUAAACAAAAUACAACUUAAUAUAUGGAAAGACUAAAAUGUAAAACUUGUAAUGUUUAAUAUGAAAAAAUUAAAUCAUGGAAUUAAAAUUAAGUGUUGGUAUUUGCCUUCAGAGCAUUACCGACACCCACUUUCUUCACGUGAUGUCAUGGUUACUGGGCCAUUUGGAAUUAGUUCAAUAAAUCUGAAAGUGAAAACUGUAGUAUCACAGAAAGUACUGAAAGUUUGUGAAUAUUGAGUAUAUCUAAUUUACAGAAAAUCUUGUCAGUCAGUCUAUCUCUCACAUUCUUUUAAAGAAAUGGAACAGUCUGAAAGCUGGGUUUCUUUCUAUAAAGGCAAUCAGUAAUGCAGAGAACUGAUACAUUUCAUACAAGAAUUUAUACGUCUAUUCCCAGUAUCUUGCAAAUAGUGGUUAACCACUGAUUACAAAAGUAUGAUCGGUGUGAAAGUAUUUAAAAAUGAGAGCACUUUCCCAAAAUGCCCCCUCCCCCCCCCCCCCCCUCUCUCUCUCUCUCUCUCUCUCUCUCUCUCUCUCUCUCUCUCUCUCUCUCUCUCUCUCUCUUAUGUAUGUAUGCGUGUGUGUGAUAUGUUUGUCAGACUGCAGGAACGCUGGACGUUACUAGGCAGUGAUCUAAAAUACUGAGGAACUCUUUCACAAAACUUAAGACAUGGGGAAAAGCAGGGUUUCAUGAAAAAUCUAUAGAAAAUAUUAUUGUGUGUAUGUUUGCAAAAAGCAGUAAUGUGUAAUGUUAAUUGUAAGUGUAGGCACUGGUGCUUCACUGUCAUCUUCACCAACAUUAUUAUGUGUGUGACUAUUCAUAAACAUCUGUAUGGUUAUUUAUUGUAAUUAAUUUGUUGUUAUUAAAUUGUUAUAUUCUGUUUGUAGUAUAUAUUAUCUGCUUGUGUUUCACUUUCUGUAAUGGCACAUAAGUUUGUAACACUAUUGUACAAAAACUAAAGAUAACUUUAUUGCCGAAAUUAAUAAACAGAGAUUGUGUAUGUUGUAUUUAGAUCUGUGUAUAGAAGAUGAGAAACACACUUUCCCAGGAUUAAAAUGCUGGUUUCUUGUAGGAGAACAUUUUGCUCACAUUUUUGUGUGUGUUUCUUCAUUUCGUCUAUGUGCAAAUGUAAAUGUUUACAUAUCUGGAACAAUUUCAGAUCUGGAUGCUUUUUUACAGUUUGCUCAUGAUAUUUAUUGUCAUCAUUAAGUAAAUUGUGUCUACAGUACAUUAUCACAGAAUUAAUAAAUACUGAAAAUAAGUAAACAUUUUUGUUUCUUUCUGUGCGUCCUCACUGACUGAAAACAAGCUUUUAAACUCUAAUAAUUUCUUACAUAAAAUAUUUAUUGCUCCAGGACAUAUCGAUGUUAAAUGUGUAUAAACACCACACAUUUCAGUGUUGAGAUAUUCAAGAGUUAGGUCAACAUAUACCAGUCUUUUUUUAAUAAUGAAUAGAAGUGUGUAGAAGAACCAGAAAUCUCAUAAUUCACAAAUAAAUUCAAAAGAAAUGAAACCUGUAACUUUAUUGUAGGAUGACAAUAUCUGUAUAGCAUUAGCUCAUAAUAUUGUGUUUCAUCUAUAGUGUUACUGCAGCUGUUUUUCUGUUAGAUACACAGAAGCUAGUCAUUGGAACUAAUGUGUUUGUGUGGCAGGAUAGACAUUUUUAUAUGUACAGAAUGAGAAAGCUACUGAAAUAAACAUGAAAUUAAUUUAGAAACUGAUUUCAUGGAUGGUGAUGUAUUAUUAUUUCAAAAGCAUGGCAAAUAACCACAAAAAUGCAAGAAAUGAAUAACGGUAGUUUUCCUUCUAGAAACCAGCUUAAACAGUUAGUGUGUUGAUAUAACCAUUUAUUGUGUAUCUGUGCAACUUUGUUAAAAUCAUUUUUGUUGACGAUUUGUUUUAGAUGACUAGCAUUGAAAUUUUGCUAAUAUUUGAAUCGGGGAGUAUGUAAUUAAAAUGGUUGAUAUGCCAUAAUUUUCAAUGUGUCUCUCUCCAUGUAACUUGCUUUUUAUUGAUACAUUAUUUACUCAUAUGAUAUUUAUCACACAUUACAAAUGUACCUCAAAUUCAUGUAAUUGUGUGAUAACGUGUAGAUGGCAAUGUUGAUGUUACUGGAGGAACCCUAGUCGUUAUCAAGUAGUGUAGAUUCACAAAUCUCCCAGAACAGUAUUAUGUUGCCAAAAUAUUAGCUGCGUAUGUGUUACCACUGUUCCAAUAGUUAACUGCACUGGUGUUUUGUGACUUUUCAUGAUUUAUUCGUGUUUUACUUUUCAAAAAUCUAUUUCUCAAUAUUAAAUAUUCAGCUGGCAACAAUGUUAUAUAUGCACAAUAUAAUCAUCAUGCAUAUGCAGAUGCCUUUCAAAGCACAAAUUUUUCAUUACCAUAUGAGUAUUAUGUUCAGAUGUGUAUGAGCAUGUGGAAUCCAUAUGCAACAUUGCCAUUUCAUGUAACAGUAUGCAGUUCUGAGUUCUUAUACUACUAUCAAAGACCACGUAAUUUCAAGCAGUUUUGUGAUACAAAAUUGCACUAAUUUUUGUUUAUUCUGUUCUUUUAAACUGAAUUUCAGACAUUGUAGCAUUUGAGUAUAAAAGCACUGCACCAGUGCAGCCUGAGACAAAUAAUAAGUGCUGAUGAAAUUACAUUUGUAUUGUAUUAUAUGUAUUUAUAUAUAAAUAUAUAUGUGUGCGUGUAUAUGUCUAUUAAAGGCGUAAGUGAAAUACUACUGGGCUUAUAUAACUGGCAGGCAGGAAACAGAUGUUGCAGUCACAGAGAAAUCUGUUUCAUAAUGUGCUAUAAAAAUUUCAGAUAUUAAUUUCAGCAUUUAUUAUUUAGUAUUCAGAUAGGGUAUAACCAUUUGACUGCUAUAUCAGAAUGUUCUCUUUUAGCUCAUAUAUUUUUGUAAUAAGUGACUAAUUUAUGCUGCAAUACAGUGAAUAUUGUGUUAAUCCUCUGUCAUAAGGAACAGUAUAUACCUACAUACACAUGUACACAAAUGCUCUUAUAGUGCUGCUACUGACACUGUCAUGACCAUAAAAUUACAACCCACUCUCAAAGUAUUUCAGUUAGAAUUUGUUGAACAUGUGUGCAUUAGAUUAAUCAAGAGUUCUGCAGUACUCUCAUGUGAGUGCAUUGGUGUAUCAUCCGCAUUGAACACUAUUACAGAAAUUAUGUUUGCUUUAGCUCGAGGGAGAACUUUGCAGCAUUUCAGCCAUCACUUAGGUAGCAACAGAACUUAAUCCAAAUGAAUAAACUUAUGUUUUUUGUUAAUAUCACUACAAAAUAGUUAUUACUUUGUCCAAAGUGAAAUGCUCUGUGUCUAUCACAUCCAUUAUCUGGCAUUGGCUACUACAGAAUUAUUAUUUCCAGUAAUGCUAAUAAUCUCAAGAACAUGAAUGUGAAAACUAAAAUACCAUUACAAAAUUACUUAAGCAUGGAGGAAAGUAGAAAUAGUUUUAAUGUUUUAACCCUCAACGUAAUAUUUAAAAUUAAUAGAAUCAGUUGUUGGUGCCUCUCUUUACUGACUUUUCUUGUGAGGUAUUUUAAAACCCCUAGCUAACAGCAUUUUCAUCUUUUCAAAUAUAUUUCUGAAGUCACCUUACAGUAAAGCUUCCAGUUCAUAUUUAUAAUUUAUGGGCCACAAUAGUUAUUACUGAUUGACUGCUAUCUUUGCAUAAAGUAUUAUAGCUGCAACCCCUGCUUUAUUUCUUUUCUGCCAUAAGAAACAAGAAUGCAAAAAAGUUUCUCAUAAAAUAAGAGAAGUAAAAUCAUGACACUGUCCAUAAGAACGUAUAACAUUCUCGGAGGCACGUUAUGACAUAGUUAGUUUUCAGAUAAAACAUCUUGCAGAUCAUAGGUCCGUCAUUAGCUGUAAAAACUCCCUCAGUCACUGGUGUGUGUGCAUGUGUGUAUAGAUGUACACUGUUCCAAGCUGUAUCAACUGUGAAAGGUAUAUCUUACCUCUGAUAAACUAAGCAAUGUACAAAAUAAGAGAUUUUCCUUGUUUGUACCAAAAGAGAUUUCAGUUUAUGUAGCUCACUUCCUCUGUCGGAUUGCAAAUAUGUAAAAGAAAAUGUUUAGCUAUAGUUGUUCAAAUUUCACUGUGUAAAAUAGGAAGUAAAUGGUGUUAAUAGUUUUGCUUUAUAAAAGAAUACCAUCCAAUGCUCUGUAUGAACCAUGUGAAAAAUAAAACUUUAUAUAAAUGGUAACAUAUAUGAGACUAUGAUAUAAAAGUUAAUUUCUGUUGGAAAGAGCUGUACACCUGGCUUAAAAAUAUUUAGUUUGUGUCAGAGGAAUACAUUAUGAAAUAGUGGCAUUAAUUUGCCUCAUGUGAUUGUCAUUAACCAACCUUCUUCCUAUUGUAUGUGAAACAAUAAAAUUGAAAUGUAUGCUGGUUUUGGUUUCUGUUGUAAAACUUCAAUGUGUCACUGUUGGUAUGAAUACCUCACCUUAUGUGCAGCCCAGAUCAGUCAAUAAAUCAGAAUUGAAGCUUG